AGCGCAGAGAGGGCUGAGCUGUAAGUGCUCCGUGUACCGGUUCUGCGACCUCAAGCCGCACGGAGACCCCACCUCCCCCCACCCCGGGCCUGCUGAGAACUAACGCCCUCCCUGCCCUCUUGACCGUCUCACGGGGGACGUGCUGCUGACUGGCGCCUGCGACCUAGUAGCGGGACACACCCAGAGAGGACUCGGAGCCAUGAGCCGCCAGCCCCGGAGCGUGGCGGCCCUGCUGCUCGGGCUGCUCCUGGAGUGUACAGAGGCCAAAAAACAUUGCUGGUAUUUUGAAGGACUCUAUCCAACAUAUUAUAUAUGCCGCCCUUACGAGGACUGCUGUGGCUCCAGGUGCUGUGUGCGGGCCCUCUCCAUACAGAGGCUGUGGUAUUUUUGGUUCCUUUUGAUGAUGGGCGUGCUCUUCUGCUGCGGAGCUGGCUUCUUCAUCCGGAGGCGCAUGUAUCCCCCACCGCUGAUCGAGGAGCCCGCCUUCAACGUAUCCUACACCAGGCAGCCCCCCAACGCCACUCCAGGGGCCCAGCAGCCGGGGCUGCCAUAUUACACGGACCCUGGAGGACCAGGGAUGAAUCCUGCCGGGAAUGCUAUGGCGAUGGCUUUCCAGGCCCAACCCAACUCACCCCAGGGAAGCACAGCCUACCCACCGCCCCCUUCUUACUGCAAUACGCCCCCGCCCCCAUAUGAACAGGUGGUGAAGGCCAAGUAGCAGGGUCACCUGCCUGUGCGACCUCACAGGGGAACAGGGAGGGGCACUGUCACUCCACCUCUCUGUCCCCAUCAAUGUCUGCUUCCAGGAAUUGUCUUCUGAGCCACUAAGGGCAAAUUCCUCUUUGAUACCUUCAAAUCAAGCACAGCCCCCUUUCAAGUGUUCCAUGGAGGACCAAUAUUUGAAUUCACCCUGUGUCUCCUCUGUUACUUCUGUUUCUGAUGUAAUCCGAGCUCUGGCAGAGUGUGGACAGUCCCCAAGGGUUGACACCUUAGAUCCUUGGGGAAGAGACUAAGGAGGAUGAGGCAAGGCAGGGCUGGUGUGUGCAGGAGAACACAAGUGAGCACACGGAAGGGACCGCUGCUAGCCUUGACAGCUUCCUCCCAGGUACACAGCAGGCAGCUCGUGGAAACGAGGCCCCACAGGCUCCAUUCUUUGAGCCCCUCGUCCUGUGGGCCUUCCUCUUCAAGAAGCCGUUAGACUUGUGGUGUAGAAGAAACUUCUUAGCACUUUCUAUCUCCGUUUACUUCCUAAGAAUGAGGGAGGCCGCCCUUCUGCACAGCCAGGGCUGGAAGAGCUCUCUUCCUCAAGAUGACAGGAUCCAGAAUCCGGCCAAGUUGGAUGUCUACACUUACCUGAAAAUGACUAAGGAAAGUUACUUAAGUUUAUGAGGAAUUUCUCUCUGCCUCAAACUGGGACAUUGCAUUUUAUGAGCUCUUGGUCUGACUUGGCAGAAAUAAAAUGUUUCCCCGUUUUUUAGUGAGUUUGCGGACACUCCUGUAGAGAGAGUCCUGUCCUUUGAGGUCAGACUCAGAGUGUCUUCUCGGACUGGCAGCCACCCUCUGGCUUUGUCAUGACCAGAGGUCUCCACACCCUUCCCCGAGGCAGCCCCGGCAGUGGGUUGUGAUGGACAUUUGCAAAGCAGAGAGGCACAUCUGGCUGGGAAGUCACAUCAACCCCUGGGAGAGAGGAAUCCCAGCAGGGUCUGGCCGGCGGUUUUGAGCCUGGGGCAGCAGGCCCCUGCAGUGGUUUGUUUGAUCUCAGCAGAAGUGUGUGUCGGACAAGGGGAAAGCUUGCUGGAAAAAAAAGAGGAAUGCAAAAUCCCAGGACUGCAGGAAGAUCUCUUCAAAAAGUACAGAAUAGAUCUCACUGACAACUAAAUCAACAUUAGAAUAGAAGAUGUGGUUGGAAAUGCAAAUCCUGGCUAAGAAACAGAUCUCACCCUGGGAUCCAACAGUAGCCCUAGUCACCGGGAUGCAGGGAGGUCCUGUUCCUCUGCAGUUAGUGAUGCUGACAGUGCGUUUAAACCCAGAUUGAGAUCUGACCGGUUGUGUAUAGGAAGGCAGAGCAGCCUAGCCAAGGUGGGUAGAUCCCUGUGUGUGUUUAGUAGUGGGAUAGGGUGGGGGGCAGGGGCUUAUUUUUGUAAUGAGCUAAUUGGAGCCUCUUGCGAAAUUGUUAUGCAUUGAACUUGAGCAAUUUUGUUACUCAUUGAACUUGAGCAUGGGAACAUCCCGCUGCAGUGGAUGCUGAGUCCCCCAGACCAGGAGUCCCUUUCCUACUGGGAUCUCUGUAUCAGGGGAGGGCGUGAAAUCGGGAUGGGGCCGCAGCGGCGGCUCUGACUUACCUUCCCU